GACAAUUUUUUGAUAACUCUUGACGUUGACGCCAUUUUUAUUUUUUCUGCUGUUUUGUUUGUGCAGAUCGUUAAAUGUGAUGUAAAAAAUGAAGUAAAAAGUUCUAUUUUGAAUUCAUUUUCUUCCAGCAACGUUCUACUCAAUGGUAAUCAUAAAAGUCAGUCAGUGUAACAAACCAGCAUUUCAUAUUACCUGUGGAAGAAAAGGCUCCCUAGUUGAUUUGUGGUUUUUAUUUACUUUUUACUGAAAAAGUAAAUGUUUUUAAUGUGAACUUUAAUUGUCAUUUACAACUAAAAAUAAUGAAUUGUGAUUUUUGGACGUUUAAAUACAUGGGUGGCAAUUGGUUGGAAGAAGUUGGCUCCAAAUAAUUAUCAAUCAAUUCAAAUUUGUAUAGGUACUUAUAGGUCACAGACCUAUCACACUAUCUUGGAAACAUAUAUAUUGAAUUUCUUCAAUUUGCGAGUUAUGCAGAAAAUAUGCAAUAGUGUCAGAGUGACCGAAUUUGGCUUGAAAUGGGGGAUUAUGAAUUAUACCAAGCAUUUAAAUCUUUUACUUCUUCUAAUGAUGAAGACCUGAGUUUUCAAAGAGGAGAUGUCUUUGAAGUGUCUGUUCAAAGUCCCUUUGAAACCAGUCAUUCUGAUCGUCCUGGAUGGUUAUUUGCUUAUAGUAGGAGAACCAAUGAUGUAGGAUAUGUCCCAGUGGAAUAUGUCAAGCUGUUGGGCUCUGAAGUUGGAAAAACAAUCCAUCAUCCAUCAGCAUGUGGAGUGGAAGUAUCCAAUGUUAAAUCUGGAUUAUCAAGACGUAUCCAGGGACUAUCAGUAUCAGAAAUGGAAAAUAAGCCCGACCAUAAAUUCGAAGAUGUUUAUUUCCUGACACCGAUUCUCUGUAAACAUUGUAAAGAUUAUAUUUGGGGCCAAGGCCAUGUUGGCGUAAAAUGUAAAGAUUGUCACGCUUGCUUCCACAACUUCUGCCUCAAGUUCAACCUUCAGUACAUGUGCCAGAAGGACAAUGAUGCCCUUCCUCCAGUUACCUUAGAUUACGACAAGCCAAUAUCCGAGUGGACUUGUUCAAAUGUAAUAGAAUGGAUGGCGGCAUUAAAUUUAUACACUUACGCAGACGUUUUUAGAUGUAAGGAUAUAAAAGGUGCAGACUUACUACAUCUUGAUCGAGAAAAAUUAAUUGCUAUGGGCAUAAAAGAUGAAUUCCACCAGAAAGCUUUAUUAUCCUGUAUAGAUGAAUUAUUAAAUAAGCCAGACAAUACAACCCCUCUACGAAAUGAAAUUGAGGAAACAGUAUCCACUGACACCACUUAUACUCACAAUUUGAAGCAGCGCAGCUUUAGUUCAUUAGAACGAUGCGAUAAAUGUAACAAAUAUCUUCGGGGACUCCUUCACCAAGGUUUUAUUUGUCAAGAUUGCGGUGUAGUUUCCCAUCGUACAUGUGCAGCAACUGAACUUCCGUCUUGCACUCACCGUCCAAUGGAUGAAAGUUCUCAUUUUAUUCAAUUUAAAUCAUUCUUCGGUCAGGGACUUUGCAGCCAGUUCAAUUUAAGUGAAUCACCAGCUCCAAUGCUCAUCAUAAAUUGUGCUUUAGAAAUUGAGAAACGUGCUAAGAAUAAUGAAUCUCUAGAAUUAUAUAAUUUAUAUUGUGCCACACCUCCUGCAGAUCAGUUGCAAUCUCUAGUUAAGAAAAUAGAAGAAAAUCCUAACAACAUAAACUGGUCUGAAUACAGCCACGUGUCCAUUGCUAGUGUUUUCAAAAAAUACUUAAGAGAGUUACCUGAUCCGCUCAUUCCUGUACAGUGGUAUGAUAAAUUUUUGGAAGCAUCUAAAAAAAGAAACGAUGAAGAGUGUACUACCAUAUUGAAACAACUAAUAGAAGAACUUCCAGAGCAUCAUAAAUCAACCUUGAGGUUUAUUAUGGGACACUUGUGUAGAAUAUGCCAGUUAGAAUAUGCUAGAGGAAACAAAAGCCCACCUACUGUCUUAGUUCAAGUUAUGUGUCAUAUUUUCCUAAGACCACCAUGGGAGAGAAUUAUACAAGUCGUCUACAACACACAAGCUCACAACCGCAUUGUUGAACUGCUUUUACUAUACUGUGAUUGGGGAGAAAAAUUACCAGAAUUUGCUUCAGCACCAGCUAUACCCCCUAGGAAAGUCUCUCGUAUGGGUAGUAGUGCCUAUUAUACGAUGAUAGAAAGAGAUAAGGAAAAAAGUAAUGCUGCGAUGAGUCUCCAGGAUGCGGAGUGGUAUUGGGGCGACAUCAAACGUGAGGAAGUGAACGAAGUGCUUAAUGACACUGUUGAUGGUACAUUUUUAGUUCGUGAUGCAUCUAGUAAAUGUGGUGAAUAUACUCUGACUCUUCGGAAAGGUGGUGCAAAUAAGCUCAUUAAAAUUUGCCAUCGGAAUGGUAUGUACGGUUUUACGGAACCUUACACGUUUCCAUCUGUUGUAGAUCUUAUUAAUCACUUUAGACAUGAUUCUUUAUCUCAGUACAAUGCUUCUCUAGAUAUAAAAUUACUCUAUCCAGUUUCUCGUAAUAAUCAAGAAGAGGAAUUGGCGAAAACAGAGAAGAUUGAAAAACUAGUAGAAAAGCUGGUAACUCUAAAUAAAAGUUUGGCCGAUAAGAAUAAAGUAUCUGAAACGGUUUCAAAAGACUUUAAUGAUACAUCAAUUGAAGUACAAACUAAAAGACAAGCUCUUGAUGCAUUGAAAGAAUUGGUACAAGUAUUUAGAGACCAAACUGUUGUACAAGAAAAAUUUCAAAGUGAAGCACAACCUCACGAAAUUAAAAAUCUGGAACUUAAUGCCGAAUUACUUAAAAAACGUCUCAAGUUAAUGUCUGAAAGCUGUGAACAACUAGAAGAAAUUCUGAAACAGAAAGAAGCUUAUAGGAAAGCAUUAGAAAGAGAAUUAACAGCUUUAAAACCGCAAAUUCACAACUUGGUACGAGAAAGAGACAAGCACACUAGAUGGCUACAACAAAGAGGCUUUUCUAUUAGUAAAGUGAACCAAAUUUUGAAUAGAAAUGCAGAAGAAACGAUAGGGGACUGUGAAGUAGAUACAGAUUCAUUACCACAUAAUGAUGAGAAAACUUGGCUCAUGUUGAAUUGUUCCCGUACUGACGCAGAAAAACUGUUGGAAGGAAAACCUGAUGGCACAUUUUUAUUGAGAAAAUCCAGACAAAUGAACAAAUUUGCUCUUUCUGUACAGUGUAAUGGAAGCACUAAUCAUUGUAUUAUCAAUGAAACUCAGAAAGGACUUGGAUUUACAGAACCAUACAAUAUUUAUCCCACAUUAAAAGAUUUGGUAUUACAUUAUGCUACAAAUUCUUUAGAAAUUCACAACGAUCUUCUGAACACUGUUUUGGCUUAUCCCAUUAACGCGGUUAAUAAUGGUAACCAUAAUAGGGAUAGUUGCAUAUACGUUCCAUGAGAGUUUUGUGAUAAAAAACUGACUUUUAUAUUCCUUUAUUAAAAUAUCCUUAGGAUGAUAAUUAUAAAGAAACGAUUUUAACAAAUUUUUAUUCAUUUAUGUAUUUCAUUCUAUAUAUAUUAUAUAUAUACAUAAAAUUAAUAUUUACGUGACUUGGUUUACAAUUGAAUACACUCUUUUGCUUCAACACCGGGUUAAAUACUGUGAUAAUGUACUAAAGAUGACUUUCACAUGUACUUAUACUUGGCGAAAUAAAGUGUAUUGGCCAAAGUAACAAAGUUGUGGGUUGGUAACAGAAAUGUUUCAAUUACUAUGGAGACUUUUCAAUGACAGUAUGGUAAAAAAAACUAGAUAUUUCUAUACAUUCUCCAUUAAUUAGUUAACAAUGUGUAUCUAUAUAUGCUGUUGACGUUGUACUGUACAAACAGUUCGAUGUGUACAAAUAAACUAGUGGAGUUAACCAGUGAUGUAUACUUUCUUCUUAUUUGAAAGUCUCAUAAAGUGCUCCAUUGUUUUGAAUUCUUCUACUUGAUGUAUUACAUAAGAAGUCUCUGUUUAUUAGAUAUUAAUUCAACAGAGAAAAUUUAGUUUUUUUCUCCUGCUGUAUAUUAUAUUUUGGUGAUCUUUACUAAUAAUCAAGUCAAUAUGUAGAAGUUGUUGAUUUAAGUUUGAUUAUUAGCAUUUAUUUGGAAUUGGUUUUUAGUGUUUUAUUUUCAAAACGUAAGGUUUUUUGGAACAUUUCCAAUGUUAAAAUUUAAGAAGAAUGAAUGGUAAUCAAACUUAGUAACAAGCUUCAAUAUUUGUUGUAUGCUGUGAUUUACACUGCUGAUUUACUGAUAUAUAAUUUGCUUGAUUUUUUUAAAAAGCAUUCUAGAUAUAAUAUGUUGAUAAACAUAUUAUUAAUAAUGUAUAUUUUAGUUAUAUUAGAAAUGAAGAAAUUUCUUUUAUUACAGAUUUUUAUACAUCAAAUUUAUAUACAUGCGUUCGUAUGUCGUGUGUGUGAGAGAGAGAAUAUUUUUUUAAAGAAGUAUUUUUUACUAAUUAACCUUCCUAUCAUAUUUUAUGUUUGUUAUCCCAUAUUUUUUUAAAUUGAAGCUAAAGCGAAGCUGAUGUUUAAGAAAAAAUGGAAUAUCCUAUUGCUAAAAUUAAAAUGAAAAGACUACAGUUAAUAGAUCUUUAAUAAUAUGUUCUAAGAAAUUGAUAUUUGAACAACAACCCUCUUUCCAUAGAAAAAAAAUAAUAUACCUAUUAUUGAUAUAUACAAGGAUGUUCAAUCUGUUGUAUAAUAUUCAAAUAAAUAGAUAUACAUUUUUCUCAAUACACAAAAGGUAUUUAUCAGUUUUUUUUAUUUUUUAUGAUUAGUAAUACUUCACUGUAAUUGGUUUUGACAAAAUAAUUCUUUUACAGUGUUGCCUAUCAUCAUCAUAUUUUAAUGGUAUAAUUAUAUUCUAUUACAUAAAAUUUUGCAAAUGGACCUUCACAUGACUCAAAAUAAAAUUUUUGGUUAGUGCUCCAAGACAAAUACUAUUUAUGGAUAUGUUAGAAUUUUUAAAAUAUUUAAGUAGAAAGGAAACCAUGUGACGUUUAAUUCUCUGUUGCUAUGGUUGUUUCUGUUUUGAUCUUUUUUUGUCAAACUACCAUCGUGGGUAUAAGCGUUCUAAAGAGUCUAUUCUGUAACUUUUUUGGUUCAAAACAAUCAAGGGUUAUAUUUAACUGCAGUGUAUAACCUUUGUUCGUAUUCUAUAAUCAAAACUCUGGUUGUACAUGUAACUAUUAUAGUGUUUGAUAUAGUAUUUUUUAUAUCGACAAGGUGAAAAGAUAAAGAAUAAAAUUACAAUAACAUUUUGUUUCGAGGUUAAAUGGCUGCACGUCUAAUGAACUGAAAUUUGUGAGAAAUAAGCGACGUUUUUCAACUUCCAAUUUCAACAUUUGUAACACACAAUAUAUCAUAACAUUUCAAUGCUGUCCUUCCUGAUGAAGAAGUUAUUCAUUGUACAAGAUUGUGAUCGAGAUCAUAAUUUUAGUAUCCAAGGGAAUGUGAUUUAAUAUGUAAUGAAUAUUUUACUUAAUAAUUAAUAGAAAAAGUUUUUCCAUUAUAUUUUGAUAAUUUUAUUAAACUAUUAUAUUGAAUUUACUCUUACUUCAUUGUUUUUGUAACGUAAUAUUGCUCUGUAGAGGGAAGUAUAUCGGUCGGGAAAUAUAAAGCUAUAAAUACUAUUUACCAUUACACUCCUUUUUUUCUUUCUAUUCUAUUUUUCUAUUAACUGGUAUUUCAUUGUUUACGUUCUCAUUAUCACUAGAGAUCGGGGCUGAAACUACACAGAAUAUAAUAAUCACAAAUCUGACAUAGUAUAAUCAUGUGUGACGAUAUUCAUACAAUUUGUCCUUGCCAUUAUCAUAAUUUAAAUAAAAAAAUUUGUUUUACCAUUACUACUUUCUGAAACUGGCUCCAAAAAUCAAUCAUUAUCGACCACAAAAUCUUUUUGCUCACAUUGAAGUUCAUCUUCAGAAUUAUUUUACCCAUCUACCACAACUGGAUUAAGAAGUUGAAUUAUUCUGUGAUCCUUUGUAUAUGCUUUAUUCUAAGUUUUUUAAGUAUUUUAUUUGAAAUCAGCGAAUACCUAAAACGUGUUUUAAGUUCAAUAAGUUUUAUUUUAAUUACUACAAACUUACUGAUUCCCAUUGUUUGGCAUUUUUUUUUCGGCCCAUCAAUCAAGUAGUUGUUACUCUUUCCCAAUUUUUUUGUUAUUGUUGAUACUCUGCAGCUUCAUUUGGAAGGUAAAUCAAAUCUAUAUGUUAUUCAACUUAAUUUAUUAAUGCCGACAAUUUUGGUUGAUCGUUCUCUCUUUUUCUCCAUACUAAAUCACAAAAACACAACUUCGCUACCUAAAUAUAACUGUAUCGUUAAAACUUAAAAAUUAACCAGGUGUUUAAAACUGAACCAUACAGAAUACUUAACUGGUUUAAUUUUAUAUCAUGUAGUUAUAAAUACAUUAAUAACCUGAAGGUUAUAAUACUAAUAACCAAAAAGUUACAGAAUAGACCCCAUAUUAUUAUGUGUGUAUGUGUAAACUGUCAGCUUAUUUAGCUAAAAUUCAAAUUUCUUAGAGCAUUUACCAAAAGCAUAAUUAUUUCUCAAUUUAUGUUUACAUGGUAACAAGUGAUAUAUAUUUUUUCAACUUUUUCUAUUGUAGGUUUAUUAAAAUUUGAGGUUCAAAAAAUGUGAAUUUGUUAACUUGUGAUACAUGAUUUUUGUUUUUCAUUAAUGCUGUAUCUUUUGGUUUCAUUUAAAAAAAUGUUCUGGAAACUCCUAAAUUUUUGUGAAAAUAAUAUAAUAUGAUAUAUGUGAAUGUGCCAUAUUAAUGUUUAUACCUUUCGGACUAAUUGAAUGAAAACAUGAUUUUGUAUAGUAGAUACUCAGAAAUAGGUUUUGUACUUUUCAAUUUGCCGAAAAAUUUCAUAUUUGGAGAUAAAACUGAAUCACUUAUAUCUGUAUUUAAUAAUUUGCCAAUAAACUAUAGGAAGUGUCAUUUUUUAUGAAAUUAUACCACAUAGAAUUUUCGUAUUUAAGGAUUAUGCACUAAAUGUAAAAAUUUUAUAAUUAAUUUGUAAAAUGAAAUUGGCUAAUGUAAGAGUACAAUCUUCCAUAAAUAGGUAACUUCUAGUUGCCCAGUUUUGCUUUAUAUGAAUUUUUUAUUUAGAAGUUUUGAAUAGAAUGAUCCACCUUUAAUCAUUGUAUUUGAAAGAAUGACAAUCUUUUACAAAAUACUAUAUUGCAUCAAUAUAAACUGAUCACUGAAGAAAUAUAUAACAUUAACUAUAAAUUUACUUAAUUUAAAUGAUAGCACAAUCAUAUUUUUCUUAUUUUAGAGUCAAUUAUUCCAUCAGCUCUUUCAAAAUUUCACUUUUACAAAACUUGUAUUAAAUUUCCAAUUUAAUUUAGUCAAUAAGAUUUAUCUAAUGAAUACCUGAGCGAUGUAUUUAUUUCUGACAAAUUAAGCUGCACAUUUUUGAAUCUUUUUUCAAAUCACACAAAUUUUAAGAGAGUAAUUUGUAUAACAAAUAUUGGAUUUUGAGAUGGAUGUGUUCUAAGUAUAUUGUCAAAAAUUGUAUGAAAGACAUAAAAAAGAAAUUUAUUAUUGUGGAAUCAGUUAAGAACAUGACCAAAGAUGUGAUAUUAAUAAUUUCAAAUUGGAUUUCAAUGAAAAUUGUGUACUGAAAUUACAAUGUUUAUUAACUAAAAACCAUAUUAUUGGAGUAAUGUUAUUUUUUAUAAAAAAAUGGUUAAAUAAUUUCAUAAAUUUAAAUGGUACAAAUUUAUAUUGUUAUUUUCAAAUCAUCUAAAUGAAAUAUUCUAUAUUAUUAUGCUGUAAAUUUUAAUAUCUAUAAUUGGUUUUAGUGCAUAAUCUUAAGACAAUUCAGUUGAUAUUACCACGUGUCUAGAAUGUUUUUUUACAGUUUAAAUGCUACUAUAAUCGAUGUGUAAUGUAUUGGACUUUUAAAGAGCAAUUUGAAGUAAUUGAUGAUUCAACAGUUCUUAAUUUAUACCCGUAUUUUCAAUAGAUUUCUAUUAAUUAUUUUAUGUCUGUCAAAUGAAAAUGAGAAAUUAUCCGGACGUUUUAAUCAGCACUUUUUUGUAGUGUAAAAGGCCUAAAUUUUAGAGCAAAUACCAGUGGAACUCUUUCAUAUUUCUUUUAUAAAGAAUUAUAUUUCAUUGGUACCACAAAGUAGUAAUUUAUUUUUUAUUUUAUAAAAAUAUUUACUACAACUUUGCUUUAUGAUUUUAACAAAUGAACAGAACUGUGUUCUGGUGGUUAUUGCAUUAAAGUGGCUUAUUUUCUUUAGAAAGUGUAUAUUCAAUUAAAAGAAGUAGCAGUAAUUGGAGAAAGUAUUCAUUUUGCUCUUCCAAUAUUUUCCUUUUCACAUAGAAAUAUUCAGAUAUUCUUAUUUUCAUACUACAGUUCAGAUUCCUAGAUACCGACGUUUUUCUCAAGUGUUUUGGUGGUUAAACCAGAAAUGUUAAUUAAAUCUAAAAACAAUAGGGAAUAAUCGGAGCGGCACAAGGUGCCAUUAAUUAAGUGCUUUAUGGUUCUUUUAUGUUUACCCGACCUAUAUGUCUAGGGUUGCCAGACGUGCACGAAAAAAAAACAGAGAGUUUCUAAUUUCAAAAAAUAAAGCUAUUUUAUUCCAUAAUAAAAAGUUUAAAAAACAAAGAAUAUUUAAUAUUUUUAUAGGUAAAUAAAACUUUUUAAUAUAUUUCACAUAGAUGCCGAUGCUUUUAACAACUCCCUAUUACUUGAUAUCUCAUUUUUAAAUUCGAUGCAAGUACUGUUUAUGUUGAAAAAAAUACAGAGCUCACACUCAACGCUUUCUACAGAGAGACGAUUUAUUUCGUUUGUCCAAACAUUUCCCAUAACACUAAAUAUCCUUUCUAUGAAGGCAUUGGAUAAGGGAAGCUGCAAACAUAUUGUACAAGUUUCAACAAACUUGGUGCUACCUCUUUCUCAAAGAAGAUACAUCACAAUCUACUGUUUUACCUUCAAGUACGGGAAACACGGUGUGCAGUGCAGCCAGUGCUUCAUAUAGAUUUUCAGGAGGUUGCUCUUGUUACCAAGGAGAAAUUAACCACAAAUCUAUUAAUUCAUCCAGGUUGGGCAAUAUUCCGGAUUCUAAAUUUAAACAACUAAAAGUCUUAAAAUGGUUAUUUUCGAAGCUAUACCACUUUGCUAUGUAAACCAGAGCUCUUUGGUAAACAUUUAGAGCAUUCGUCACAAAUUAUUUAGAAUGAUAUUCUUAAAGAUAGCCUUUCUUCAAGGCCAUGUGUAUUUUUAUGCUAAAAUGUUGGUCGCUUAUUUUUUUUAAGAGUGUUCCUGAAUUUAAUUCCUUAUGAGGACGAUAUUGUGUUAAAGUAAAUCGUCACUAAUAACCCUAUAGUUGACUCUCUUAACUACCACCACUUUGUAAAAAAGACAAAAUUUCAGGUUAGAAAGACCAACUGUGUCGAAUGCGACCAUGUUCCAAUAAGGGAAUUAUAGAAAUAAUGGCCAUUUUAUUAAAGCUGACUUCACUUUUGAUCAAUAAUGAAGUCGACUUUAAAAAUAGAGUUAUCGGAACAUUGUUAACUAUAGGGUUAUUAGACACGAUUUCUUUUAAAAACACAAUAUGUAUUAUAUGUAUUAUGUAUUAAAACUAAUAUUGUUUCUAUCUCCAUUUCUGAAAACACAUCAAAUAAGCAACUAGCUAUCGAUUUAAAAAGAGAACCAUAAGGCUGAUGUUAAUAAAGCUAAUGCUUUCCUUUAUUAAAAGACGGUACUAACUUGAGCACUAUUAAUGGUGCCUUGUGCGUCACAAAUAAAGUCGAUUUUGUUAAAAUCGCCCCAUCGAUAAUUCCCUAAUACAUAUAAAAGAAACAGAUUUGUCGAAGGAUAACGUAAGGUUUUUUUAAUCGAAACAAUUCACAACAAAAAAGAGUUUUCAAAAGUCUUGAGGUAGUAAAGAAACACGAAAUUACAAACAUCAAAUCUGGAAGUGGAAAAACAAAAUAACACCCAUGAUUUCUAUUAACGAUCCAACAUUGAUCAAUGUAAUUUGAUCAAUAUAGUGUGUACACUGAUUUUGGAAUGAAUGGAAUACGCAUGAGCGUGACGAAAAAUGUUCAAAGAGAAAUAACCUACUGAAAUAUAUAGCAAGCGACGAAGACAAGUGAAUCAGGUAUUUUUGAAAGAUUAUGAGUUUAUGAGACCAAACUUUUUAGGAGGAAAAAAAGUAAAUACUGAAAAUAAAAUAUAAAAUAAGCAUAAGCUUAACUACACCAAUACAUUCUAGAUUGUAAUGAAAUUGACGAAAUUCUGAAACAUUGGAUGAUUGUUUUUUGUCCCUAGAUAAUUUACUUCCUUUUGAUUCUUCAGAGAUGACCUUCUUUUUGUAAUAAUAAGGUCACCAUUUCGUAAAGCCAAUAAAUAUUCAUUCUUAAACAGUUUCAAUUCGAAAUUCCUUUUUUUCCUUGAAUUUAAUAUUAUUUCGGCUCCUCUUCAUGACUCAUAAUUACAUCAAACAAUAAAUUCGUAUCCAGAAAAUAACCGAAAAUUUUGGAAUAAACAAUCGACCAAAUGAAUGAUGAUGACAGCUGCCGUACAAUGUUGCCACUAAAAAAUAGUAGAAAGAACAUAUUUCCAGUAACUAGUGUUGUUUCAAAAAUAUUUCGAUUUGACACAACUAUAUUAAAUGGAAAGAAAAAGACUUGAGUUGUUUCAAUUAUGUCAAGGGUGUAUGGCAUGAAUGCCAGCAUAAAAAUACAAAAAAGUCAACUUUACCAAAAAGUGGACUCAUGUUGUUUCAAACAUACCUGAUUCAAGUAGAGUAAACAAAGGUUUGUUUAUAAGUGUUUUGGACUUUAAAUAUCUUUAUUAUAAUGGACUUGAGUUUUCUUGAAAACUGAAAAUAAAUGAUAUAAAUAAAUUAUGAUCAGUGUUGAUCCAAAUGAAGUAAAAUGGAAAUCUUGGUGAUCUCUUGAAUUCAUUAUCAUUCAUUCAUUUUUCUUGGUCACAAUUCCUAGGAUCCUUAGUCAAUCAUUUCACUGGUUAUCCAAUAUAAUUAUAAAAAUUUAAUCAUUAUAAGUGUAGUUUUCACUAUUGAACAGAAGACUUAUUAAUUUCUGAGCUGUAAAAAUUGCAUUUCGUUCCAUUUUGUUGUUCACUUCAUUUUUAAACUAUCACUAAUCUUCUGUGUUUCUAUAAUUAAUUCUCUAAGAACCUUAGUCCUUCUAUGAAGUAUGUUUGGAUAUCUCAUAUUAUUUUGCAAUAUUAGUUUAGAAUAUAUUAUGAUGUCAACUUGAACAAAAGUAUAUUUUACACAUUACACUUGAAAGAAAUGUUUUUAUUAUUGAACAAGAUAUCUUAUAUUAUAUAUGAUGUAUUGUUGGUGUAACCACAAAAUAUUUAUUUAUACUUUUAAUUGAGGUUCUAUAUACUUUAAUGGUACAUUCUUAUUCUUUAACACAUUCGUAUUUUCAAUUCAGGUUGCAUAAAAUAUAGGCUGUAAUAAGAUUUUAGAAAACUUUUGCAAUCAUUAAAUACUGUUUGUAUGAGGUUGAAUGAAUUUUGUAUAUUAAUUUGUAAGUAUGAAUUGAUUUUUAAAUAGAGGUUUCAUUAUAUAGUAUUUUUUAAAUUUGUAAUAAACUGUUCUUUAUAUACUGUUGAAUGUCAUCUCAAAUAAAUAAUUGAAAUAAUAAAUAUACUUUUAUUCUGUAACUCACUUCCUUUGUAUUGAUGAGAAGAAAACAUUUCUCAUCUUAUUGCAAAUGACACUAUGGUACAUAAGCAAAACUGAUCAGCCCAAAUGAGUACAUGAACACUUCAAUAUUAUCGCAAAAAAUUCAAUUAUUUUUCAGUAUGAAGUAGCACUUCAUAUUGACAGGAUUUGCCCAGGC